GGUUACUUUUUCUCCUACCAAAAAAAAAAAAAAAAAGAAGAGGGAGAAAGUUGUCUUCUCCGGCGACGGGAAAUCUCGCCGGGAUCGCUCCGGCAAGAUUAAUUGAGCGACGCUUCGAAAUAUCCAGAUUUGCACGGUUUCUGUCAUUGGCUUUUAGGGGCGGUACUGUGUCGUAGAAGCUGGAGGAGGUCUGCGAGUUUCUGUUCGAUAUUGGAGUUUUGAAGGAGGCAAUUCUGAUUGUGCAGGAGUGAGCGAGUUCGUUUGAGUGUUUUUGCCGAGGGGACUCAGUGAGUCCUUGCGGAAAAAAUGAAUCCACUUUCACAGUCUUUUCAACCCAAAAGCUUUUGGAUGCCAAAAGAUGCUGGAUGCUUGGCUGACGGUGAGAUGGGUUAUGAUAAUUCUUCCAGAAUGGAGCAGAAGCGUGGUCAGUGGUUUAUGGAUGCUAAUGGACCACAAUUGUUCAAUAAGAAGCAGGCAGUAGAGGCUGUUAAUGGUAGACCAAUUUCAGGAGUUCCGCACAUGAAUGUUUCUCAAUGGGAUAACACUUCUGGCUUUCAGUCAGUUCCAGGGCAAUUUACUGACCGCCUCUUUGGAUCUGAACCUGUACGGAACUCUAAUCUGGUCGAUAGAAAUGUCCAAUCUAUUGGUAGCGGAAAUAUGAAUAUGGGAAGAAAGGGUUUUGAGAGUCAAUAUGGAAAUACUCCAUCAGUGGGUUUGUCAAUGUCUCAUACCAUUGAAGACCCCUCAUCAUGUCUCAAUUUUGGUGGAAUUAGGAAAGUUAAAGUCAAUCAAGUUAGGGACUCUGACAACAUCUUGAAUCCAUCUAUGGGGAACUCCUACGGUAGGGUAGAGAAUAAUACCAUAUCGAUGGGUAACUCCUAUAAUAAGAGUGAUAACAACAGCAUUUCACUGGCUCCAGCUUAUAACAAUGGAGAAGAGAAUACUAUCUCCAUGGGCCCUACCUUUACUAAGGCAGAUGAAAGUUUCAUUUCAAUUGGUCACACGUUUAAUAAGGGAGAUGGCAAUUUCAUAUCCAUGGGACAUAACUAUGGCAAGGGUGAUAAUGGUCUGUUAUCGAUGAGUCAGCCCUAUGACAAGGGGGAUGGCAAUUUUAUAUCAAUGGGCCAAUCAUAUGAAAAGGGAGAUGGUGGUGUCAUAUCAUUAGGUACCUCCUAUAACAAGGGACAUGAAGAGUUUAUUUCGGUUGGUACAACCUAUGGGAAAGCAAACAAUAAUUUCAUUCAAAUGGCUCCUUCGUACAUUAAGGGGAAUGAUAGUAUCAUUUCAAUGGGUCCGACUCCAACCUAUAAGGCUGAUUCAAAUGUUGUACCGAUGGGUCCUAACUACGAUAAAGGAGAUUCUAGCAAUUUGUCAAUGGGUCAAACCUACAACAAGGCUGAAAGCACCACCAUAUCUUUUGGAGGUUUCCACGACGAGCCCGAGACUAAUCCCUCUGGUGGAAUCAUUAGCAGUUACGAUUUGUUGAUGAGUAAUCAGAAUUCAGCUCAAACAUUGGAAGUAUCUGAGCAGAAAAAUUCAGCUGACUUUAAUGUUAAUCCAAGUGUAAAUAGCAUUCCACAAGCCGAUCUUAAAUCUGAUAACAUUCCUAAGAAUAAAGAGCCAAAGACAGUUAAGAAGGCACCUCCCAACAACUUUCCUUCAAAUGUCAAAAGUUUGUUAUCAACCGGUAUGUUUGAUGGGGUUCCUGUGAAGUAUGUUUCCUGGUCAAGGGAGAAAAAUCUCAAAGGCAUUAUAAAAGGAACUGGGUAUCUGUGUUCCUGCACUGACUGCAACCAAUCGAAGUCUCUCAAUGCUUAUGAGUUUGAGCGCCAUGCUGGUUGCAAGACCAAACACCCCAACAAUCACAUUUACUUUGAGAAUGGAAAAACCAUCUAUGCGGUGGUUCAAGAGUUGAAGAACACUCCUCAGGAGAUGCUUUUUGAUGCAAUUCAAAAUGUGACAGGGUCUCCCAUUAAUCAUAAAAAUUUCCGGAUAUGGAAAGCAUCAUAUCAAGCUGCCACUCGCGAACUUCAGCGGAUCUACGGAAAGGAUGAAGUAACCAUUCCAUCAUGAGAUAAGAAUCAGCCUCUCUAAAGUUUUUCUGGUAGGUUCGCAUGGGAUCUGUGAAUAGCGUCACACAGUUUAUAGUAAAACUCUAGACCGGGUUUGGAGCUUUUAAUAAUUUCAGCUGGUGGAUGUUUAUAGGUGUUUUUGGUCUAUUUCACUUUCCCCGAAUAAGAUGUUAAAUUUGUUAUGGAUUUUGGACAGUCUUUUUAUAAUCUGUUUUGCAUUAGGGUGAGAUUUUCUAGUACUUUGUGAUCGAAGCACUCGGAAGUGUCUUUCUGGCCUCAUUCCCAUUGGGAACUGUCGUAUAAUAUCCUCAAGUAUUAUUAUAUCAGAAGAGAAAACAAGAAAUAUUGGAGGAGAAUCCAAUUAUCUGGAAAUAUGUCAGUUUUUGGCUGAAAAUAUCUUGGAACUAAGUCCACUCUGCUAGUUGAUAAUUGCUAGUUGCAAGAUUUCCCUCUGCCACAGAGGUCCAGAUUUUUUUUUUUUGGUAACCCAACUAGAUUUUCUUUUUUGUUGUGAUUUUGUUUGUUUGUG